UUUCGUUAUAAUUUCGCACAGCGAUUAUGUGCCUUACAGAAAGUCGUGUAGCUUCGUGAAAGUAUUUUGAUUUUUUUUCGUAGAGUUCCGGUACAACUGCCACACUUAGAGAUAGAAGUUUUUUGAUUGAAAAAUAAGUACCUCCCACGACGCAUCAUCCUCUGUGUAGCCCCUCGAGGCCACGGACCGGAGAUGAUGCGCCGUCGUGAGGACAGCUGCUGUGGCGCAAGGACCAUCUAGGUGAACACUCGCGUCGCAGCCGUCUAAGCGAACGCAGCAAGAACUUGCACUCAUUCAUCGCGAGGACUACGAGGCCGCACUAGCGUGGCGACUUCUACUUCGUUUUCACACGACAAAAAAAUGUCGAGCGCCCACUUCGCGAAGCUACGCAAGCUCGAUACCGCGGCCGACGACUUUGUGAAGCGUUAUGGUGACGAAGACACCGAGCCGGCGGACGCCGCCCCGUUGCGGAAGUUGCUCGCGGCCUUGGCGGAUGUGAAGAGCCUGUCGUGGAAACAGGGCGUGGUGAUCGACCAUGCUGCCGCAAAGGAGCUGGCCCGGCUCGAGGAAGAAGCCAAGGCAGCGGAGGCGGGGGGAGGGACAGCCACAGCUACCAAAGGCACUAAGAUGGGCAAGAAAAAAUCCUCGCUCGACAAUCUCUCCGAGCCCCCCGCGGCGAAAAAGCGAAAAGUGAAGGAAGAAGUGAAGGAGGAACCCGAGGACGACCACGACAAAGACAACCAGGAUGGAGAACAAAAUGCUGAUAACGCAGCAAGUAAUUUCCUGCAGAAAUUCGCCGUCGGCAAGGGCCAGCCGACCGAGGUGGAGUCGGAAGAGACGAAAAAGCUAAGGGAGAUCAGCAACAAACUUUUGCCGGUGCUGCAGAAGUGCAUAAAAUGGGGCGCGGACGAAAAGACAGCAAACGCAUCCAAGAGCAAAACCAUGGAACGCGAAACGGUCGAGUGCUACGGGUACAGCCCAGUUUUAAUGGCUAGCGAGGACUAAUUCAUCAUGUUCGCUGACGCAGUCAACAUCGCUUUUUUAUACAGAACUUUUUUAUAACACUUUGGAUAUGAUCGCAGUAGGAGCUUGUUGCACAGCACUACUUUGAAGUUGUUUAUGAAACACUGCAUCGAUAAUUCCGACGACGAAAUGCACCGUUGUACUACACCUACUUCAAAACAGCGUCGUCCCACUGAAGGCCAUGGUCGCUUACCUGGAGCUGCUGACCAUCAAGUACAUCCCGACAACCCUUCCCGUCGAGGAAAUCCACGUGGAUUUGAUCACUUCGCUCAAGCAGAUUUUCCGCGAGCUGGUCCAGUCCUGUUUUGACUACCUGAACAACACACAGGCGAAUAUCACCUGAAAAUUAACCAUCCCCAUCCAAUUUGUCGUGCAAAACACGUAGCAAGUUCUGUGUUUGUCAUGCAAAAAGUGGAUGGGGAUGGUUAAUUUUCAGGGAAUAGGGAAGUGGGGCAUCGAAUUCGACCCGAUCGUAAAGGAGGAACUGCACAACUUCGGCUGCGAAGUGUUGAUCAAACUCCACGAGUACGUGGAGAGGAGGAUGAACGCCAUCCCCGGCCAUUUGUUGGAUCAGUUGAUCGUGCUUUCCGUGGGCGUUUUCUACUACAACGCGACCACAAACCGGCUCUGCGACGCCGCCGAGAAGUUAGCGAUCAGUUUCUACGCGAAACCGGCGACAGCGGAGAACACGUCGAACGUGCGGAAGUCGAUUUUCCAGGAGAUUUUUGUCAACUUGAACAAAAUCCCGCACAAGAAGAUGAAAAGGAAGGAAUUUUUGUCGCAGUCGGAGAAUUUAACCGUUUGGACCAGGUUCUUUCUCCGGUUGCUCCAAUCCGGCUGCAACCCCUACGAUUUCCAGAUGGAUUUGGCGUCCACCGAUGAUAUUGACCAGAUGGUCAAGACGAACAGCACUAUGGUGACGGACGAAUAUCUGAAGAAAAUGUACGAAGAGACGAACGCCCGCGUCGUCACGUUCGCGUGGCAGUUUGUCCGCACGGUGCUGAAGCCGUCCACGAAGUCAAGGGCCUUGCCCGACGAGGCGAAGGAAUUGCUGGAGAAUAGUUUGACGGAACUGAUGUACGCCACGUACGAGCUGCCGCAGUACCCGGUCGCGGUGCUACUGUUGGAAAAAUUCACCAGGAUUUUCCAAAACUUCGCCGUCUCCUCUGGGGAAAAAGUGGACGCGUCAACGAGGGAUGUCAGUUGCAAGAUGCUCGCCUUAAUCCAGGCCCGGUGGCACAAGGAAGUGCAGCUCGGCGCCGCGGACGACUGGGAGGACCCGUACACCAUGAAUAUGAAGUCCCGGCAGGUGGCGCCCGAUCGGGACGAGGCGUUGGACGAGUUGUUCAAUGAUGAUAUCGCAGUAGGAGAUGACGGGAAGAAAACCGACCCAGAGGACGCAAUUAUGUUGAAUAACGAGCAAGAUUUAGCCGCACUAGGUGCGGCGUUGGCGGGGAGUAAAUUGCCGGCUGUAGAGCAAGCAGCUCCAGCCGCUGAUGCAGCUAUGGACAUCGACUUUGAUAAUGGAGCGGCCCCCGCGAAUCCGAACGAAGCCGGAGAACAGAUAAAAGACGAGCCGAAGCUAUGGAUGCGUCAGGUUUGAAAUCGUCAAAGUUGAAAUAGUUUGUCAUGCAUAAAACGGAUACCAGUUUGUUAGACCUACAGUCUGUAGUCGGUGCGUGACAAAUUUUCCCGGUCCUGGAAGCGAGUCUGUCAUGCGGUUUAGGGCAAAAGGGCUGCCUUCUGUCAUGCUAGUUAGCAGUCCAACUUUUGACCCUUACCAGGACUAGAAUCUGCCUCCCGUGGGUCCUCUGCAAUAGAGUCACGUUUUGUAUCGCAUUUUAUGCAUUACAAAUUAUCACGUUUUGUAUCGCAUUUUAUGCAUUGUUGGCGAAGUGAGGACUGUGUGCGAAAGUAAGGAAAAGGCGGCGUAAAGUUGGAUGUGCCCGGGGAUGAUGGUGAUGGCUUCGGUCCGCCUGACUCCGCGACCUGGUGGCCGAACCACGUGCGGUUCGGUGCCCUUACAGGUUGUGUAGUGGUUUCGGUCGGUUUAGCAUUACAAAUUAUCUCAACUUUGACGAUUUCAAACCUGACGCUUCCAUAGAAGCAGUCUUCUGACGAGAACGAGCAGGCGAUCAAAGUGGACCAGGAUUUACUGAAGGAGGAAAAUGAGCAGAACAAAAUCAAGGCCAGCUUUCCCGGCAAUUCCAGGCCGGACAACUUUUUCGAACUCGAGGAAAUGUUGAACAAGAAGGGGGGGACUAAUAACCCCGGAGACAAAAACAAGAUGAACAAAAAGAAGAAAUCAUCAGACGAGAAGUCCGAAUACGACCAUAUGAACGAAAGGUGUUGGAUGCUGUUUGACGCGUUGUUUAAAGAGAAGCCAGCACUUUAUGGAAAAUCCGAGGAGCAGAUGUUCAAGGACCUGCAAAAUGGCGGGGCGAACAGCAGUGAGGAGGAGCGCAUUCUGCAGCAACUCGCUUCUGGGAACACGGGCUCCUCCACGCCAUUAGGGCUGACGGAGAAGGAAUUUGAGUCCAGCUGUUUGUGGCAACACCAGCUUCUGCUGCUCCGGCACUUGGAGACCUGCGCAGGGGGCGGGGAGAUGGUGUUCGUGCCACCCAGGGACACCGUGAUAGACGAAGAAAAGAGUGCGGAGGAAGAGGAAAAUGCUGCGGAGGCGGCAGAAGUAGACGUAGAGCCAGCAGAGGAGGAGCCAGCGACCUCGAGUAAGCAGAAGAAAAAGGGUAUGAAGUCCGCGCCUGAGCCGAAGAAAAAGUCGAAGAAAGAGGAGCAAGCGUCCGCGUCGAACAAAAGAGCGAAAGAAGAAGCAGUAGCUUCUCCAAAACAAAAAAAAGCUUCCUCAGCCGACGCGGCGGGUGGCGCACCAGCGGGCAAGGAAACCGCAAAAAAAGAGACGAAAACCACCACGAAAAAUUCUUUGGUGAGCUUUCGCGACUGCGUGGUCCCGCCUGAUCACACGAUUUUUGCGAGAAGUUUUUUGAUAUGCUACUGGUACCAGAAGGAAGAGGGCAAGAACAGACUUUUGCUGAGGAUGUUCACGGACGGUGUGCCACAGCCAGGAAAUGCGGACUCCUUCCUGCAGGAGGAAAGGAGAACAAUUUCCAGACUAGGGCUGAUUGGAGACACAGUACUAUUCGAAAAAAAUUUACGAGUUUUUUUGUGUAGUGGAGCAGCCUCUUACAUGUGUAAUUGAGGUUAGGUUUACUGGGUCGGAAAGAUAUGCACGAUUUCUUCACAGUGGAGAAUAGAAAAACUAAAUGCUCUCUUCAGGUCACCUCCUUGUUCAAAAAAGCGGUCGUGUGCUGGAACCAGCGGCUUUUGAUCCAGGAGAAAGCCUUUUCUGCGUUGCUGAUCUGCGCGCAGAAUAACUCCGCGCAACUCCGCCGAGUGGCGAUCAACGGGAUGAACUUGAUUUUUCAGGAGAACCUCCCGCUCAUCACCGACCCACGGGUGGUGCGAUGUUUGGACACGAGGCUGCAAGAUCUUUCCUCCUGGGUCCGGGGCGCAGUUCUCGACCUAAUCGGCAACUUCAUCGAGCAAGACCCGGGCGAGAAGGAGGACGAGGACGAACAGAACGCCAACCCAGGACCCGGAAUGAGGAAUCAAAAAGUCGUCGACUUGGCGAACUCCCACCGCGAGGACGUCCGGAAGGCGCCGGAAUACGCGCAGAUGCUCGAGACGUACUACAAAGCAGUGCGGGACAGGAUUCAGGACACGACGAUAUCCGUGCGGAAGAAGGCGUGCACCAUUCUAGCGGAGUUCAUCACCACAAACAGCGAGCACGACGACGUGGCGGAUAUCUGUGUGCAGUUGCUAAAACGCUCAACGUAUGCAAUGCAAAAGCAUCGUACUUAUUCUAGUAUAAAUUGCAUUACAAAUUUUUCCAAGAGGAAAAAUGCAAUUUGUCAUGCUGGAUAAGGUAGACAGUUACAUUUGUCAUGCAUAUACUGCAAUUCAUACGAGUACGAUACUUUUGCAUAGGAUACAACGGAUAGUGACAACAUGAAGGGCAAGAUCAUGGAGGCUUUUAACUCCUUGUGGUUCCACAAGGAAGUCGUGACGGCACAAAUGUGCACGCAACUAAGCGGAGUAGUCGGGGAAUCGAGAAAGGCGGGGCAAGAGGAGUUCUUCAAGCAGUUGAUCGACAACAUGGAUGUGCACGGGGACUCGAAGAGAAAGAUUUUGAACACCUGGGCAACCAAGAUUUUCGAGUGCUUCGUCGAGUCCGAAAGCAGUAGUAACGGUGGAAACAGCGAAAAUAUUAACGUCAAAGAAGACGACGAGGACGACCUCAUGGGCGGCGGUACUUCAUCUGCCGCACUCGGCAGCACCCAACUCAACGAGAACAACAAGGAGGAUGAUGCGGCCUGGGGGAGGAAAGUCGCAUUGUUGCACACCAUGCGGGCGUUUUGCACGAUCCAGCCGGAAAGUUACGCGAAACACCUGAAACAGCUGACGCUGUACAUCAGGCUGGAAAAUAACGCCAGUGCGAAGGACUUGACCAUAGCAUCGGAAAUCUGUUUGCUCAUGGCGGAUUGUAUCAAGAGCUUCUCCAGGCAGAAUCGAUCCAGUCGGGCGUCAUUAUCGCUAGACGCCGAGGAUUUGACGCUGCAUCUGAAAAGCAUAAUGGUACUGUCUGAGCAGAGUCUGUUUUGUCGUGUAGUUUUGUCUUCAUUUAGAUUAGUGCAGCCCGAGGAAAAACUAUGGUUUUUUUUUGUGGUUGUAGAAGUACAACACUUUCGACAACCAGCAAAAGUCACAACGCUAUCCGUAUCCAAAUCUACCUAAUACACACUCUAGGUGGCCCAAGGCUAUGUCAACGUGGUGUCCGCGGUGACCUGUCUCUGUGCCGUGGUGGAGCAACUAACAGGGAAUUGGAAGCGCGAUGUGUACGACGACAUACAGCGAUACACCGGCGCCCUGUUCGCGUACUUGGAUAUGGUGAAACAAGCCCAACUGACGAACGGCGAAGUUGCGGUCAAGCACAAGAGCAACAUCAAACGCUGCCUCUCCAUCGUGUCCACCAUGUCCCACUGCGCAAAAUUGGACCAGGUGUACAAAAACCCCACGCUGUUUUCCCCCAACAGCGGUUCCCUUGGGAGUGCCGCCGACCAGCAGCCGCCAAUAAAGGUAAGUCGAAUGCUGCUGCAGAAAGAGGACCGAAUCGCAACCACGUUUUUGGAUCUCUUACUCCAGUUCUACGCGUUUCAAGACGACGAGUAUUCCCCCUUCGUAUUGCCGUGUCUAGCCCGGUUCUUGAUGACCAACCGGGAAUUCGUGCGGCAAAGGUCGGUCCAAGACGUUUUCCGGCACGCGUUGGAGAAGAGGAAAAACGCGUAUGAGGAUGACAGGAUAGAGGUCGGGAUUAUUUCGAACGAGGAUGUAAACAGCGGCGCGGUGUCCAGCUCCGCGACAGAAGAGACGAACAACGUAUCUUCAAAUUUAGCAUCUUCUUCCAACGGGGGAACAAACAAUCUCGUUGAACUAAACCAACAAGCGAAUAACAUCAUCGGCGAACAACAAGCGAAAGACGAAGCCGGGUCGUGGUAUAAACCAACCGAGGGUGUUUUCGACGAGGAGACUAACUUCCGCAAGCCGGUCAUUGUUCAAAAAGGCCUCAAAGCGCUCUGCGACUUGCUCGUGUACUUCGGGGAAGCCGCGGAGAAGGAAACAAAUGAGAAGUACACCGACGCGGACAAAUCCGACAGGAAAGGAGAGUUGUCCGCGGCGGAGUCCGCGAGUCCGUUAAACACCCAUCUCGCCGCGGUGCUAGAUCUGCUGUACCAACACCCGGACGUCGACGUCCGGUCGGAUGCGAUCGGGGUGGUCCGGCAGUUGGCGAACCAGGGGCUGUUGAACCCGAUGGCCGUUUUUCCACAUAUGGGAUUCUCAAUUGUUACAUUCUCAACUGUUGCAUGAAUUUGUGAUUGCAAGAAUAGCAACACAACAGGGAAAGGCCGGAUCUUGCAACCCUUGCAUUACAAAUUCGGCACAGAUUCCCAUGCUGUUUAGCCCUUCCAAGAUUUGUCAUGCGAGGCAGCUUCACUGUGUGGAGCCUCACCUCCAGGACUUCGGGGACCCCACUUUUCCAAGGUUCUUGGUUGUGGAUGGUUCCUCGAGGUCUUUGUGGCGUUUUGGUAGUUUGGGUGCUCGCUUUGCAUGACAAAUCAUGUAACAGUUGAGAGUGUAACAUUUGAGAACGCCAUACCACAAUUGGUCGGCUUGUGCUUCGAGACCGGCGACAUUCCGCGACGGGCCACGGACCUGGCGAAGCACAUUUUGAACCAAAGAACGACCAUGAUCACCUCCCGCUUGCCGGAAUGCAUGGCGUACGGGUUCACGGCGUUGCUGCGGUGCGAAGCGUUGUUCGGGGGCCAGGAAUCGAUCAACUUUCUCCACUUUAACGCGAUCUCGGAGAUGUACCACGACGUUAGAAAAACAAAGAAAGUCCGGGAAACCAUCCUCCAAACGCUGAUCAAUCAAGUGCAGAGUGUCGCGAGGGCGGACGACUUCGAGAAGCGGUUCCCACAGUUCGCCAACGAAGAGGAUGUCUUGGUCGGAAAAUUGACGGACAACAUGCCGGAAUUCCAGGGCUUACCAGGGAAACACGUCUACAGAAUACUGUAUUCUUGUUUUGAUCACGCAGCCCCCUUUAGGCUCUUGACCUUCAGUGGGGACGAGUUUUGUUCUCUGCGUUAUUUGACGUCCGAUUUUUCGAGUUCCGCGUUGCACUUGCAGCUUUGCAUUAUUCGCGAGUUUAUUUCAAGACCUCUGUAAUCAAGUAAGUACUUAAAUGAAAAUGUAAAACCAAAAACGCGUUCUCAGGUACAUCCAAUUCCUCGCUUGCGUUCUGGGCGCUCUCCCUUACCAGUGCGAAGCCGAGCCGCUCUUUAUCAUACACCACAUAACGAGAUACACCAUGCUUCAGGCCGACUCGCAAGUUUCGCAGUACGAGGGCGAUCCGAACAGUGUGGAUCCCAUGGAAAUCUUCUGCGUCACCGUUGGCAGUACGGCGCUGUCGGUUUUGAAAACGAAGCUGAAAGCGGAAUACAACCUGUCAGGUACCAGGAGGACAAUUUUUACAUACAGCUGCUUCUACUACCAAGCAGAGAACAUCACAAUUUCUGUUGCAAAGGAGCUGGAACGCUAUUCAGAAUGGUCCCUGUCAACAUGCAAAACCUUGCUAUAGGAGUAGGAGUACUACGAAGAGGAGUAGGAAUAGCUGCAUGUAACAUUUUUAUGCAAGCACCCAAUACAAAAUAACAGAUGAGCAGUGUCGCGACUACGAGCCCAACAACGCCAAAAACGAUCGGCAAUACAACAAACCGUUUUUCAACGCCGACAAGCAGGAGCGCGAGGGUGCCGACACCAACAACCAGGCAAACGGGGUUGGCAACCAGGCGAAAAUUAAAUUUCCCCUCGACCUCUGGCGGUCUGUCGCGGAAGAAUUUUCCGUAGAGGCGGGCCGAAACAUCGAGGUGUUGCGAAACCUGGCGUCGGAAGAGGGCGCUGCGGACGUGAACGUGAACAGAAUACAGGGCUUGUUGAACAAAAUGCAGGAGGCCGGGGUGAAAAAGAAAGGGAAGGGGCGCGGGAGAAAGGCAAAACUAUCAGUCAAUGUCAACAACGUCGCGGACGAGCUGGGGCUCGACCUGGGUGACGAGAAAAACGAGCUCAGCGCGUCUAAGUCCAAGAAAAGGAAAGCAAAAGAGGACGACGAAGGGGAAUUCCUAGACGACAUGGAUGACGAUAGCAAGGCGGGGAACAAGAAAAAUGGCGCGAAAAAGAAAAAUGGCAAGAAGAAGUGAGGAGAUUGGGCGUGAUCUUGUUCUGUAGCGCUCGUCCCAGCGGAGGUGAAGAUUUUUCCCCUGUCACUUGUACUAGCCAAAAAUUGACACGGUAGAAGCAUGCUUGUAGUUCCGCGACGCUGUGGAUGUAGUGUAUCGUAGAGCUGAUAUUUUUUUUUUCGAUUACCCCCAUCAAAAAAUGGGACCUACGCAUUCCAAUUUGAUGAAGAAGAUUCGAGAGUUUUUAUAUCGCAUUAUCACACCAACUUAGUUUCUACGACAUCUUCAGUCGCGCAGACGAUGGAGAUCGUGAGGAAGCACGUAUUCCUCCUUCUGGAUUUACGAAAAACGAAAACUAACUACGAAAAUCGAUGGAAUAACUCAACUACUAUCUAGCCGUGAUAAAAUAUCACGUGCGGCGUAGCGACAGAAUGGUUGUAUUGUCACCAUGAAAGUAUGACGAAUGAAAGCGACACUGAAAUAGAAGCCCUUUUGGCUUGGAAGUAGCUUGAUAUGAACUCUGAGGGAGAAAACCCAAAAGAAAUCGAAUCAAGCACUAAAAGAGCGCAUUGCAGCUCAAGCCCAAGCAUAGGGACACGCCAAAG